AUGGGCGCAUGCUCCUCGAAGAUGGGCGCGUGCUCCUCUGGCUACUUCAGCUCGGUGACUUCUGGGAACCCCUGCCCCGUCCACGCUUGCAAGUUCCCGAUGCAGGUUGUGAGCGUGGCCGAUUUUCUGCAGAGCUCUGGACCGCCUGAGCCUUAUAGCACGUGGCACACUCGUGGCCUCUUGCAUAAGGUCCACCCAGACAUGUUUGUCAUCUUUGUGUCGCACCAGUGGCUGAGCUACACUCAUCCUGAUCCUGAAGGGACGCAGCUUGCAGUGUUGCAGCAUGUCCUUGGCGGUUUGUGCGAGGGGUCAUUUGUGGUGGAAGACAAUAUUCUCACUCAUAUUUACGGACUUCCAGAGCACAACAUCGAUGCCUUGCGAACGAAGAUUGCCAAUGGCUUUCUCUUUGUUGACUGGAUGUGCAUUCCUCAAAUAACGUCCAGGAAGCAAGGUCUGAAUGAGAUAAACUCAGACUCUAUCACCGCCGACGCAGUUGAGUCCAUUCCUCACUAUGUGGAGGUGUCCAACCUUUUUGUGGCGUUGGUUCCAGAGCUGACUCACGCAGACACCAGAGAGCUUUGCAACUACAAGUCCUGGCUGACUCGUGGUUGGUGUCGCGGAGAGAUGGGCUGCCACCUGCUAUCCAACAAGCAGAACACCAGCGUCAUCGUGAUCCACUCGACGAUGAAGGCCGAGUGCAUGUCGCAUGUGGACUGGCAGUUCAACAGCAUAGCGGACUGCGGCUUCUCUGUCGAGAGGGACCGGGCUGCGGUGGUGCAGCUGGAGAAGACGGCCAUGGCCGCUAAGGUUAAGCAUUUAGAAGUGGUAGGGCCAUUGCACAUGUACCGGUACUACAUGGCAACUUUUAUGGAGGAGCCAGAUUCCGACGUGUCAGUGUUCCUGGAGCGGUUCCGCUUUGCGAGCCUUUCCAUGGCAGUCACAGAGACCAACCCUAUGAAUGGAGUGAUGUGCGCGACGCUUUCCGGCAGUGCCAGGCUUUUGCGCAUCCUAGUGGAGAACCAGGCAGAGGUCGAUCAUCAUAUUGAGGGCCUAGGAGCUGUCGGUCACUUCGACUCCUCUCCCAUGCUUAUGCUGGCAGUGUCCUUGAACAAACCUGCGAGCUUGAUCACCACGUUGCUGGAGCUCCGUGCAGACGUCAAUGCCAAAGAUGCCCUUGGCGCUUCUGUGACCACUUAUCUCCGAUCCAAGGAGCAAGCAGACGCCCUCCUCCAGGCACAGCCAGAUCUUGACUGCCCCGGCAUGCCGAUGGGCAUGACCCCUUUCACCAUAGCAUGCACCACAGCGCCUCCGGAAGCAAUCGCUGCGCUGCUGGACGCAAGGUGUGAUCCGAACCCACCCGCUGUGGGUGUGGGGUGGAGCCCCUUGCAUGCCGCUUGCUUUUGGUCCAGGGGCAGCCGCCAUGCCGUGGAGAAGGUGCGACUCUUAUUGGAUCACAAGGCCGACGUGAACGCAAAGAGCGGGCCUUGGGACGUCCAGAGUGGUGUAGGUGUCGCAUCCCAGCUGCGCGCGGCUCUUUUUGGCUUGGAGUCUUGCGAUGCCAGGACCAGGUUCUUCGAGUCGCUGUCGGGCAUUACGCCCUUGGGCAUGGCUGCUUUGAUGGGCGACCAUGACAUGGCGGUCUUUCUAUGGGCAAACGGUGCUGGACUUCUCGCGAAUGAUUAUGGCUACAUGCCAGAAGAUCUGGCAAGGAUGAAUAGUCAUUGGGGCGUCUUCAAGAUGCUGUCUGUGUGUAGCGCCUAA